AUGGCAGGCUCGAGCGCGCCGUCGCCAGAGUUUCUGGCCGAGAGGAAUAAUCCGGGUUUGGCACAGCGGGUCUGCAUCGCCUUCAUCAUUAUUGAUACCUUCUUCUUACUGGUCUUCUUCGUGAGCCGGUACUUUAACCGCAAGGCCGUGGGAAUGCCCAUGUUGGUGUGUAAUACGCUGUGCUAUGUACUUUGUAUGGGGACCGCGGCGACGGGAAUCUUAAUGUACAAGAUAGGCGGUGCAGGGCACCACGUCGCCUCCGUCCCAAUCACCACCUUUCAGACCUGGCUGAAACUAUCCAAAGUCCUCGAAUUCACCUACACACCCGCUGUCAUGUUCUCUAAGCUGGCUACUCUAUUCCUCUACUACCAAGUCUUCGAAGUCCCGAAUUAUCGCCGCGCCAUCAUUGGCAUCGGCGUGAUUAUUAUCCUUCAAGGUGUGAUUUCUAUCAUCCUGGCCUUUUCGAUUUGCCGGCCUUUUAGGUACUUCUGGACCCAGGCGGUCGAUGUCCACGACGGGACUUGUGGAGACGUGAUGCUCUUUUAUAAAACUUAUAGCAUUCCGAGUCUGGUCACGGACGUGGCUAUGCUGGUGCUCCCGUGGCCGUUGCUUCUCAAACUGCGCAUGCCUACAUCGGAAAAGAUUGGCCUUGUACUUACUUUUCUGGCUGCUUCGCUGGGCAUAAUAACAUGCGCAAUUCGCCUCUCCGUCUUCUUCACCACCCCACUCUUCUCGGACCCAACAUGGUACGCCUCGGGGGGUACUACAAUCUACGCCCUCGUCGAACCCUCUAUCUACAUGAUAGCCAGCAUACUGCCCACCACGCGCCAUCUCUACCGGCGAAUCCACAGAAAAGCGCGAGAAGCUUCGCAGCUGCGCAAUUCGAACAGCGACGGUACUCCGAAGAACAGCAGCGGUCGUUCUCAGUCGUCAGAACUCCAGCGUAUUGAACACAAUGACGCAAAUCCCGGCAAAAUCACACGACAUGUGGAUAUCUGGCAAGCAAAUACCAAUUCAAGCCAGGAGGGACUGACGCUGGGGGAGUGGUAUCAGAAUCAGGAGGAGUGGGAUCAAUCCAAGACAGCAGACACUUUAGUGACGAAGAAACCACGGUUGAGGCAGUAG